UACCCAGUUGUGAAUUCGCUUCAUGCACAGCCAUUUCAGGGCUUCUUCUCUCAUCCCCCCAUGUGCUUAAAGUAGCCUUUCCUUCGCUUUCUUUUCACUGCCCAUUACGCUGUAUUCCCUAGGGGAAAAAAAAAAUUCCAUUCACUCACUUUAGUUAUUAUUGAGCUUAGUCUCUUCACACAAACAGAAUUGACAGGUAGAGCAAAUCUACCUUUCGCCUUCUCUUUCUACUCUCUCCUUCGUAUUCACGCUGAAGAUAUAGAUACCAGCUAAAGAAUGAUCUGGUCGCUUGAGUUCAACUCGAAUCGGCAGAGAACCAGGUUGCCGCUCGUCGAAACCACAGAGAGAAAUUAGAUUAGAGUUCACACUCCAGUUUCCUGAGCGUGUUAUCAUGAGGGAAUUUCCUUCUUGUUUUGGCGAGAAUGGUGUUCAGGUUGCUGAUUCAUCCUCGUCAAGCACCGCCUCAAGAGCAGCCCAAAAUGUAGUGACUUGUGUCUAUCAGUGUAAAUUUCGCGGCCGUUCUUGCUUAAUCACGGUUUCAUGGACCAAAAACCUGAUGGGUCAAGGCUUGAGUGUUGGAAUAGACGAUCUAGGCAACCAAUGCCUGUGUAAGGUUGAUAUAAAGCCAUGGUUGUUCUCUAAAAGGAAAGGGUCGAAGAAUCUGGAGGUCGAUUCCAGCAAAAUCGACAUAUUUUGGGACCUGAGCUGCGCAAAAUUCGGUUCAGGGCCAGAGCCAUUGGAGGGAUUUUACCUGGCCGUCGUGUUCAACCACGAGACGGUGUUACUCCUCGGGGAUCUGAAGAAGGAAGCAAACAGGAAGAUUGAGAGUGACUACGCUCGCUCCGACGCUGUUUUCAUAGCGAAGAGAGAACACAUUUUUGGGAAGAAGUUUUACGGAGCAAAGGCUCAAUUUUGUGAUAAAGGGCAAGUGCACGAUGUGACGAUAGAGUGCGACACAGUGGGGCUCAAGGAUCCUCGUCUGGUCAUACGAAUCGAUAGUAAGAUGGUGAUGCAGGUGGAGAGACUGAAGUGGAAGUUCAGAGGAAACCAUACCAUAUUGGUGGAUGGUGUUCCUGUGGAAGUGUUCUGGGAUGUACAUAACUGGCUGUUUGGGAAUGCCAUGGGCAAUGCAGUUUUUAUGUUCCAGAGCUGCAUUCCCGCUGAGAAGCUAUGGCCAGCCCACUCUGUCUCGGAUCCUUCUGUCCUGAAAUGGGCUUACUCUCAACAGUUUAGGGAUUCCCAGUUGCAAGGUUUCAAUUAUGAUGUGAUCCCAUUACGUGAUGAUGCUUCUACAGCGUAAUCGUCCCUUCUCUUCUUUUUCUUCGCAUUCCUCUCUUCAAUCGCAUGCCUUUCCUGCCCUUCAUAUAUUCCUAGGAUAAUUUAGUAAUAUAGACUAGUAUUUUUCAUGUUUGAAUUGCAUAGUCUGCUUAAGCAUGAGCUUUAUACUGAUUAAUUCCAUUUUACAUGUGUACAUGAUGUUGGUGAUGAACUCGGGCAAGAGAAACCAAUCCGUAAAUUCUCUGUU